UGCCUAUAUAGUUUAAGAGGAUACUAUGGAUUUUUCAUUUUAUUUUUGUUUAUUCGAGGUUAGUUUUCAAAACAGAAAUAUACCUAUCCCAUUUAAGAAAUAUCAAAGUAAUAACUGAUUAACAUGGUUAAAACUAGAAAGGAUGAUGUAAACAUUCCUGCACCAACACCAACUGAUCAACCAGCCGAAGAGUUUUCAGUAGAGAAAAUCUUAGAUAAAAGAAGCAGGAAUGGAAAAGUAGAGUAUCUGUUGAAAUGGAAGGGCUACAAUGACGAGGAUAAUACGUGGGAACCUGAGGAAAAUCUCGAUUGUCCUGAUCUUAUAGCUGCGUACGAAUCUCAAUUUGAAACAAGUUUACUGGACACCGAAGACAAGAAUAAAAGAAAGAAUAUCAGUGAAGAUAAUAGAGCCAGAGGGUUUGAUAGAGGUUUAGAACCGCAUAAAAUUGUGGGAGCAACCGAUGCAAGUGGGGAACUUAUGUUUCUAAUGAUGUGGAAAAAGUGUAAAGAAGCUGACUUGGUGCCAGCCAGCCAGGUGAACGUGAGAUGUCCAGAAAUUGUUAUAAAUUACUAUGAAAAUAAGAAAAUGUGGCACACUAAAGAGACUGUAAUUGAACUUGACUAAUGUAGGAACAGUUUAUGUAUGUUUUUACUGAACAAAAAUAUGUUUAUUGACAUUUUAUUUCCAACUAAACAAUAAGAGACAUUAAAAAUAAACUUUUUGUUGACUGAAUUAUAUUUAAUAUACUGUAAUAAUACAAAAGGAUGUUUUGCACGUAAAAAAUGUACUAGUUUAUGCAAUAUACAGUUGUUUUAUUAAGAA